UUCACAGGCUUCCGUUAGUCAGACAUAUUGUCCCAGAGAAGCCGGGAGAGGCCCUGACAGACCGGGGACAGCAUGGAUUCCAUAGUAAGCCCCGGGAAAGACAACAGUCGCAUGAAGAGCUACAAGAACAAAGCAUUAAACCCGGAGGAGAUGCGCAGACGACGUGAAGAAGAAGGAAUCCAACUCCGCAAACAGAAACGUGAACAACAGCUCUUCAAGCGUCGCAAUGUCGAAUUAGUUUCUGAAGAUGCUUCCAUGUUUGAUGGACCUUUGAUGGACCCUUUUGUCAGCUCCACCAAUGCUGGGGAUGGAGUGAUUACUCGAGAAAUGGUUGGACUACUACUGUCUGAUGAUCCUGACCUACAAUUGGCGACAACACAGAAAUUUCGAAAGCUGUUAUCUAAAGAGCCGAACCCCCCGAUUGAUGAAGUGAUCAAUGCUCCCGGUGUGGUAGAGCGGUUUGUAGAAUUCCUCAAAAGGAGCGAUAACUAUACACUACAGUUUGAAGCAGCAUGGGCCUUGACAAACAUUGCAUCAGGCACUUCCCAACAAACGAAGAUCGUGAUAGAAGCAGGAGCAGUGCCAAUCUUUAUACAGUUGCUAAAUUCGGAGUAUGAAGACGUUCAGGAGCAGGCCGUAUGGGCUUUGGGCAACAUUGCUGGUGACAGUUCAGUGUGCCGAGACUAUGUGUUGAGCUGUGACAUCCUUCCUCCCCUACUUAAUCUACUCGCCAAAUCAAGCCGUCUCACCAUGACCAGAAAUGCUGUGUGGGCGUUGUCCAACCUGUGUCGUGGAAAGAACCCACCUCCAGAUUUUGACAAGGUGUCUCAGUGUCUUCCUGUCCUCUCACGUCUCCUGUUCACCAGUGACUCAGACUUAUUGGCAGAUGCGUGCUGGGCACUUUCUUAUCUUUCUGAUGGUCCCAAUGAGAAGAUCCAAGCAGUGAUCGAUUCAGGGGUCUGCCGCAGGCUGGUAGAACUCUUAAUGCACAACGAUUACAAAGUGGCUUCACCUGCCCUGAGAGCUGUAGGAAACAUUGUGACAGGAGAUGACAUCCAGACACAGGUUAUCUUAAACUGCUCUGCUCUUCCUUGUCUGUUACAUCUUUUGAGUAGCCCAAAGGAGUCUAUCCGCAAAGAGGCCUGCUGGACUAUCUCUAAUAUCACUGCUGGGAAUAGAGCCCAAAUACAGGCUGUUGCUGAUGCCAAUAUAUUUCCAGUACUGAUCGAGAUUUUACAAAAAGCUGAAUUUCGCACACGAAAAGAGGCUGCUUGGGCCAUCACAAAUGCCACAUCUGGUGGUACCUCAGAGCAGAUUAGAUACCUGGUAGACCUGGGCUGCAUCAAACCACUUUGUGAUCUCCUGACAGUCAUGGAUUCAAAAAUAGUGCAAGUUGCUCUUAAUGGACUAGAAAAUAUCCUCCGACUUGGGGAACAAGAGGCAAAGCAAGGGGGUGGUGGCGGCAUAAACCCUUACUGUGGACUGAUUGAAGAAGCAUAUGGUUUGGAUAAAAUAGAGUUCCUGCAAAGCCACGAGAAUCAGGAAAUUUAUCAGAAAGCUUUUGAAUUGAUCGAACAUUACUUUGGCGUCGAGGAGGAGGACCCUCAACUUGUCCCAUCUGUGGAUGAUUCCCAACAACAGUAUAUUUUCCAGCAAACAGAAGCCCCUAUGGAGGGAUUUCAGCUGUGAGCCAGAAUCCUUAGGACAAAUGGAGAAUUUCAUCUCCACUACUCGAUUCAGGUGGUGGAGAGAGAUGAUGGUGAAGCAGCCAUUCAUCCUAAAGUCAAGUUAUUCUUGGUUUAUUACAGAAGUUUUCUUCUUCUCCUCUUAAACUUGCGCUUUUUUCAGGCAGAGAAAGCAGUCGUUUAACAUCAUGCUCAACCUUAUGCUGCUUUUUGCAAGAUCUGUAUGUAAAGCACAUACUCUCCUCUGCCACUGAACAUUUUUCUGCCUCAUAAGUUAAGUGUAUUAUUAUUAUUUUUUUUUUUGUUUAAAAUGGACUUGCGGUAUCUGAAACGCAGCAACAUUGAAUGCGUUGAACACCUGUUCCUUUUUGUUCAGGGGAAGAGAAGCAGCAGCAAUUGUACAUCUUUUUUUUUCUUGUUUGAUAUAGUGCUAUUUAACGUUCUAAAAAGAAUAAAUAAGUGAAGUGGCUAAAGGCGGCGGAUAGUGGUGACAAGGCGAAGCAGUCAUUUACGCUACUUUCAUAGAUGUACUGGCAGUAACUGUGAUAUUUUUGGAAUUAAUUUUUUUUUUUGCUCCUGUGGACUUUCUUUUAUCAGGAGCUGAAGUGAAAUUGGGCACUUAGAUUGGCAACACAAGCUCCUGAGUGCCUUAUAGCAUUACCUGCCUCUCCAAAUAUUUUAUGAUCUUAACAUUUUCUAGCCAAUGUUCAUGCAAAACAUUUUUGCAGUUCAAAAGGAUUUAGAGGCAACCGGUUUGCAGCCUGGACCAGUAUUCUUGUAAUGGCAGAACAGCCAGUUGGAAUUUGACUGAAGCACUUUGAUUAUACAGUUCCUGGUGAAUUAGGGUCUGCACUUUCAGGAAUACUAUGGAAGAUUGAAAUGGUGCCACCCAUAGUGUGUGCGGGCAAUAAAUAUACCUCCAAGGUGUACAAGUGCUUGGAAGAUCUCAUUGUACCACCAUGGAUAAGGUUUUGCAGUUUACCACCAGAAACACUAACAUUUUCUCCUAGGUCAUUAUCUUUAAUACGCUGUGACUCUGGCCUGUACUGGUGUGAAAUGCAGAAUGGAAUACAAUAUAUCUACUUGAAUUAAACUAAUAUAUAGUUG